AUGCUACCAAAUAAUUUCCUUUUCCAGAUGGUGCAUCCAGUGACUCAGAUCAGUUUAAACGCUCUGGCAUUAGAGAUCCUUGAGGCAUUGUUCAUUACAGGAAAUGGAAAAGAGUUGCAGCCAACUGAAAUCUCUCAUGCAUCUGAAAUACUCACACUUUAUCUCCCUGAAGAAGUCACUGGUGAUGGUGUGUUGAAGAUCAGAUUCAAGGGGAUCCUUGAUGAUGAUAUGAAAGGACUCUAUCGAUGUAAAUUUGACAGACCUGAUGGAGUAACACUCUUCAGCGCUGUCACUCAAUUUGAGCCAACAUUUGCCCGUAAAGCAUUCCCAUGCUGGGAUGAGCCCUCCUUCAAGGCAUAUUUUGACAUUGAUGUCCAAGCUGAGCAAGGAAAGACUGUAUUGUCCAACAUGCCUGAACAAGAACGAACAUCUUUGGAAAAUGGUUCUGAAGUAGUUCACUUCAAGAGGACUCCUCUGAUGUCAUCAUACCUGAUUGCCAUUGCUGUAGGAGAUUUUGAAUUCAUUGAAGAUCAUGUAAAUGAUAUCCAGGUGUACUUGGAGUUUGAUUCUUUUCAGGUUCGAGUAUAUACAUCUCCAGGAAAGAAAGAGCAAGGGCGUUUUGGCCUUGAGGUUGCAGCCAGAGUCCUUCCAUUUUACGACAAAUUUUUCAAGAUUCCAUAUCCAUUGCCGAAGCUUGAUAUGAUAGCUCUCACAGUCAUCAGUGGGGCAAUGGAGAAUUGGGGAUUGAUAACAUAUCAAGAGACAAUGUUGUUGGUGGAUCCAGAGAACACAUCAUCUAUCAUGAAGCAAACAGCUGCUAUUGUGGUGGCUCAUGAAAUUGCUCACAUGUGGUUUGGGAAUCUGGUGACUAUGGAGUGGUGGACUGAUCUGUGGUUGAAAGAGGGUUUUGCAACAUUUAUGGAGUUCCUGAGCAUUGAUCGAUUGUAUCCAGAAUUUCAUAUUUGGGAUCAGUUUGUGGAAGAUGCCUUCAAUCCUGCUUUGGAAAUGGAUGCCUUGGAGAAUAGUCAUCCAGUUGAAGUGCAAGUUGAGAAUCCUGCUCAGGUUCAUGAGAUCUUUGAUAACAUCUCUUACAGCAAAGGCGCAGCCAUCAUCCGCAUGCUCCAUGACUUCCUUUCUGAUGAGCCUUUUUCAAAUGGGUUGCAGUCCUAUUUGGCAAAGAAUAAGUAUGGAAACACCCAGACAGAUAAUCUUUGGGAAGCUCUAGAGGGAAGCAGUUCAGUGCCUGUUGCUGCAAUGAUGUCAACUUGGACCCGUCAAAAGGGCUUUCCAGUGAUUUCUGCAACUCUUGAUGGUCAGGAAGUGCAGCUCCAGCAAGCAUGCUUCACCUCCUUGAAUACUGCUGAUGCCACUCUCCUGGGGCUUCCUGUUCAAUCUGCUCGAACUGAGAAGUGGAUGAUACCAAUUAAGCUUAUUAGAGGAAGCACUGGAGAAGUGGUAGCUCACACAGUAAUGAAAGAUGAGAAGCUUUCUUUGCAAGUUCCCCCACUUCAGGCAUGUGAAUGGAUCAAGUUGAAUCCAGGGACAGUUGCCUUCUACAGAGUUUGCUAUGAGAAGGACUUGUUAAUGCGCUUUCAACCAGCAAUUGAGGGGAAGACAUUGCCUCCAUUGGAUCGGCUUGGUCUCCUUAAUGAUCUCUAUGCAAUGGUGAUAAGCGGAAAAUGUUCUACCAAUGAAUUGCUCUCUUUCCUGCGCUUCUACCGCGAGGAGGAAGAAUACCCAGUUUGGUGUUCCAUUGCUAAUAUCAUUCAGAAGAUCCUGGCACUUCUCGAGUACUCAGAAAAUUUCGAGAAGUUUCGCACUUUUGCUGUUGAUCUUUUGACUCCGAUUCGGCAGAAAGUCGGCUGGGAUCCUGUGCCCAACGAAGGUGAGUCCCCCACUGAGAGGGCUACAUACUUUGCAUGACACGUGAAAUCCUUGUUGCGUAGCGUCGUCCUCUCGACAUUGGUAUCAUUGAGAGAUCCGGAGGUCCUUGAGGAAUGUUGCAGGAAGUUCCAAGUUCAUAUUUCUGAAUCUCAGAAAUUGGCACCGGAUCUUCGUGCCUCUGUCUACAGAGGAGUAGCUGCCAAUGGAUCUUCAGAAGUUUUUGAUGCACUCCUCAAGAUCUAUCGAGGGACAGAAUUGAGCGAAGAGAAGAGGCGCGUGGGGAGAGCCCUUGGCGCUUUCCCCGACUCAACCAGACUGCAAAAAGCUCUUCGUUUGUCUCUUACGGAUCGUGACUCGGACCAAUCACAGAAGAGAAGGGACCACACGGAUGAAGUCGAAUACGAUGAUGAUGAUGAGGAGGAGGUGGAGUAA